AUGUCAUCAGUCAUAUCUAGUAACAUAUCCGACAUUUUAGCCAAUCAAUUAAGUGACAUUAACACUGAAUUGGGAGGACUUAGAGAAGCUAUGAACUUUUUUAGUGAUCAGUAUGAUAAUUUUAAGAAAUGUUUAGAAACUAGUGCCGCUACUAUUCAAAAAUUACAAACUAAAAAUGAUCAGCUAACGCUGGAAGUAAAAGAUCUCACUAUGCGAUUAAAUCUUACUGAACAAUAUAUGCGCGAAAGUAACCUGGAAAUUAAUGGAAUUCCGGAACAUAAGACCGAAAAUCUCGUGAAUGUUAUAGGACAGUUAGCUAAAACUGUUAAUGUAAAUCUCUUAGAUGACGAUAUCAUACAAGUAACACGAGUCGCAAAGCUGAGGAAUAACAGUAACAGGCCACGCACUGUUAUUGCAAGACUGCGUACGCCGCGACAACGUGAUAUUCUGUUGGCAGCUGUUCAAACAUUUAAUAAAAAAAUAAAGAAGAGAAACUAA